AUGGCUACUCCGCCAGCCCCAGCUUCGCCAUCUCUCAACAUCCUCCCUUCCAACCAGAAUACGGUGAACCCGUCGCAUUCGCCUUCUCUUCCAUCACCAGUGUUAAAUGCUUCGCAACCGACUUAUAAUGCUCCGCCAAAUGUUGUAGCUGAGCCUGGUGUUGGUCCGGGACCUGGACCGAUAAGACAUCCUCGUCCGUUGACCGCCGCCGAGCUUCACCUCCAGCUUGAAAAAGAGCAAGAGGCCGUGGUCAACCGUUUGACCCGUGAGCUUUCACUCCUCCGAGCUGCCCAGAACGCCUCCGUCGUUUCCAACACCUCCUCUACCUCUGCCGGCAACUCAACUCACGAUGUACCCGAGCAGUCUCUCCUCUCGGGCGCAGGUUUCUCAAUUCCCACGGCUCGACAUCACCGAACAUCAUCGACCACAUCGCAGAGCUUUGGAAAUCAACAGUUGUCAUCGUCCUACGAAGCACGAAUCCAUGCCCCCCGUCCAUCCCAGGCUACUCCUCUCUCACGGCAGGAUAGUACCGCCUCUCGAAGGAGCCUGACAAAUUCUCCCGGACCGCAGCACAGCAGCCUGGAUCCGUCCAACUAUUUUCAGCAUCAGAGAAUUCCCCCACCUACGUCGAUCCCACCGAGCUCAGUUGGUGCAACCCCUGGAAGUGUGAGCGAGCAGUUAAGCCCCGGGUUAAUGCCUGCCACCAUGCGUUACGAAGAGACAGCAUAUUACAGAAACGAACUUGAGACUGCCAAGAAAGAGAACGAUGCUCUCAAGCGAAAGAUUAGAGAAUUAGAGAGACAGGUCCGCCAACGAAGAGCCAGUGAUGCAGGCCGCCCCAGAAGUGGAAGCGCAAGCACCAGUGCCAGCGUGAGCGUUACCCCUGCUGGAGGGGCCAGCAUAGCAGGCCCUCGAGAGGGAUUGCCCGUUAGACCAGGCGGUGAGCGGGAACGAGGCAUGACGACACAGAGUAUUGCUAGUGUAGCCAGUGUCGGUGUUGGUGUACCCGAGGAGGAACUCAAGGUUGGAGAGAGUGCUGCUAGCGCCGGAGUUGCACAGGGCCAGUAA